UCCGGCCUCGGGGGUCCAAUAAUAACUCGGCUGCCUUGCGCCUAGGCACACAUCCAGCAAACAAAACAUUUUACCCUGAGCAGAGCUCCCGCCCGGAGAUCAGAUCAGUCAUCAAUAAGAAGGCUAGCUAGCUGCAGAGAUCUUCUUCUCGAUCGAUGGCGGAGGCACCGGCAAGGCAGCCGCUGCUGCCGCGGAAGGAUCAGGAGGCUGCUGAUGAUGGGGAGAAGAAGGAUGCAGCAGCGGCCGGGUGGAGGAGCGAAACCGGGAAGCUGGCGUACCUGGCGCUGCCGAUGGUGGCCGUGAGCCUGUCCCAGUACGCGGUGCAGGUGUCCUCCAACAUGAUGGUGGGGCACCUCCCGGGCGUCCUCCCGCUCUCCUCCGCCGCCAUCGCCACCUCCCUCGCCUCCGUCUCCGGCUUCAGCCUCCUCAUCGGGAUGGCAAGUGCACUGGAGACGCUCUGCGGGCAGGCCUACGGCGCAAAGCAGUACCACACUCUAGGCCUCCACGCCUACAGGGCCACGGUGACCCUCCUGGCGGUGUGCGUCCCGCUGUCGCUCCUGUGGGCGUUCAUGGGCAAGGUCCUGGUCCUGCUAGGGCAGGACCCGCUGAUCGCGCACGGUGCCGGGCGGUACAUCGUGUGGCUGAUCCCGGGGCUGUUCGCUAACGCGGUGAUCCAGCCGGCCACCAAGUUCCUGCAGUCCCAGAGCCUGAUCAUGCCGCUCCUGGCGUCGUCCGUGGCCACGCUGGCGCUCCACGUGCCGCUGUGCUGGGCCAUGGUGUUCCGGUCCGGGAUGGGCUACACGGGCGCCGCGCUCGCCGUCAGCGUCUCCUCCUGGAUCAACGCCGCCAUGCUCGUCGCCUACAUCGCGCUGUCCAGCUCCUGCCAGGACACGCGCACGCCGCCCACGGUCAAGGCCUUCACGGGAGUCGGCGUGUUCCUGCGCCUGGCGCUGCCCUCCGCGCUCAUGAUAUGUCUUGAGUGGUGGUCAUUUGAGAUCCUUAUUCUCAUGUCGGGGCUUCUGCCCAACCCGGAGCUUCAAACCUCGGUGCUAUCGAUUUGUCUCACGAGUGUAUCAUCACUCUAUUCCAUACCGUCCGGACUUGGAGCUGGUGGAAGCACCCGAGUAGCAAACGAAUUGGGUGCUGGGAACCCGCUAGGAGCUCGAUCGGCGGUCCGUGUCAUGAUGUCCAUCGCGGUGACAGAGGCGGUUUUGGUGAGUGGAACCCUCGUGCUGUCACGGCGCCUCCUGGGCCGUGCAUACAGCAGCGAGGAGCAGGUCGUAUCUGCCGUCGCCGCCAUGGUUCCUUUGGUCUCCAUCACCGUGGUCACGGAUGGUCUGCAAGGAGCUCUCUCAGGGGUCGCUCGAGGAUGCGGAUGGCAGCACUUGGGCGCGUACGUCAACCUCGGCUCCUUCUAUUUGCUCGGCAUCCCGAUAGCGUUGAUUCUCGGUUUUGUGCUGAACAUGGGAGCAAAGGGGCUCUGGAUGGGCAUCAUCUGUGGAUCAAUCUCACAGACCACGCUUCUCUCCGCCAUCACAUUCUUCAUCGACUGGCAAAAGAUGGCUGACCAAGCUAGGGAGAGAUCGCUGAGCGAAAAGGAAUCGGAGCCCGGGUCGAGGAUUCUGCUGGAAUAGUUACAGUUACUCCAAUUUUGCAGGGGAGGGGAUCAGGGGACGCAACUCAUCGCUGUGGUUUCUCGGGAAAAUGGUCAUGCGGAUUGUAGAGAAGGAGGACAUGAACCAGUCCUUUUCUCCGUCUUUACUUGUGCGGAAUCGGCGUUGGAAUGGGUUGAUAUUUUGUGGAUCCCAUGUUCGCAUUUUCGGCUCAAUUUUGCUCGAGUCGAUCGACUGUGAGACGGUCCUGGACUCUUUUUUCCUGUAUACUACACGAGAACUCCACGCUGUCUUCUAAAUGCACCAAUGUAAUGUCUCCAAUCUCAUUUUCGUUU